GAAAGAAAAUAUGUUGUAUGUAAAUCAACUGUAGUAAUAUAAACAAAAAUAAAUAUUAGAGGUUGGAAGAGAAGUGUUUUCGGCGCAAAAAUUUAAGGUUUAACUUUGCCAAAUUAUUUAAAGAAUAUAUUUUGUUAUGAAUUCGAAUAGCUAUUUUCCUAAUUACUUUUCAAUAGAAGAUAUUUUUGUAACGCAAGAAAAAGUCGAAUGUAAAAUAAACACCAAACUUCUUCAAAUGGGUUUUCUUGAUCCCGGUGCUGAAUCUGAUGACUUAAAUCCUGGAAAAGUAAUAAAUCUACCUCUGUGGUACAUAAAAGAACUGAAAGUUAACAAUCCCUAUUUUGCAGUCGAUGUACCUAUGAUAUAUAAAAGCGUUCAUAAAGCAGUUUGCGAAGCGGAGACAACCCAUAUAGAGCUAGGGAAACUUCAUCCUUUUUUUUAUGAGUAUGGAAGGUAUCUAAUGCCAUACGAUAGAAAUCACAUUGUUGGAAAAAUUGUUUUCGAGACUAUGAGACAAAGAGUUCGUCAUCUCUUGGACAUAUCCAAAAAUACUAAUGUGGAUGGGUGCCCUGAACGUAGGUUGGAUAGCAUCGAGAAUAAACUGUAUGAAAUGGGAGUGAGAACAAAUGCUUCUUAUAUUAAUUGGCUGCAAAUGAAAUCCAGACAUAUUUGCAUUUCCGAAAUGGUCCAAGAACAUAGUAAAAAGCGCAGACGUGCGCUCCUAAGUGACGAAGAAAGUUCACCACAAGGACCUAGCAAAAGAAUAUCAACGUAAUCACAGAGUAAAAUACAAUUAAAGUACAUUUAUUUUAUAACUUUAUAAAUAACGACUGGCUAUUGCUAAAACUUUAGUAUAGUCCGCUCCUUUCGAAAAAGUCUUUUCUUUGAGAAUAGUUCGCAGUACAGUUGGAACUGGAACGUGUAUCCUUGUUCCUAAUGGUGUUCCGUUGUCAUCAAUAAGCACCAGAUUAUUGC